AUGAAUUGGGCUACAGGUGAACCAAAAAACUCAUCAAGUCUCUGUGCCAUUAUGGAUCCACAAACAGGGAAAUGGAUAUCAGCUGACUGCUCAGUGGCGAGGCCAUAUGUGUGUUCGCUGAUUGAAGUAAACACUAGCACCAGUGUUCAGCCAACCAAGGUCAACCCGACUUCAGGCCCAAUCGGUCCAGGUGGUUGCCCGAAUGGAUGGACUUAUUUCGCGGCAAAUGAUGACUGUUAUUACGUACAGAAUUUCACCUAUACUGAUGGAGUGCACUGGCAGUUGUACGGUGCGGGAACAGCCGAAGGAAAGUGCGAAGCUAUGGGCGCAAAUUUGGUCUCGAUUCACUCGAAAGGCGAGGAUGGAUUUGUUUAUGCCAUGAAAAUGGCUGGUGUGCAAACAUUUAUGGACGUCGUGCGCACAUUUGCCGACAUUUGUGAGCAGUGGAUGGAUGUUCGGAUGACGAUGGAGGAUGGAUGUUUUACGAAUUUCACUACACCCCAAGAACAAAACGCGUUUUUUGAACAUUUACGCGAUUCGCUACAAGAAACCGUGUAUUUACCCUACCAUGGAACGUGGAUGCUCCCAAUGGCUGUGAUGGGACUCGUGUUGACAACACUUUAUCUUCGUGAGUUC